GGAAGCUCUGUGGGCGGGCCGAGGAAAUACGAAAGGUAGCGCGGGCUCUCGCGGGCCCUGUGCAGGCUGACCCGCAGUAUGACCCAGUCGGUGGUCGUACAGGUCGGCCAGUGCGGAAACCAGAUCGGCUGCUGUUUCUGGGACUUGGCGCUGAGGGAGCACGCUGCGGUCAACCAGAAGGGAAUUUAUGAUGAGGCAAUAAGCAGCUUCUUUAGAAAUGUGGAUACCAGAGUGGUUGGUGAUGGUGGCAGUAUUUCCAAGGGGAAAAUUUGUUCUUUAAAAGCACGAGCCGUCUUGAUUGACAUGGAGGAAGGGGUAGUAAAUGAAAUUCUGCAGGGACCUUUGAGAGAUGUAUUUGAUAGCAAGCAGCUCAUCACGGAUAUUUCUGGCUCAGGGAAUAAUUGGGCUGUGGGGCACAAAGUGUUUGGCCAUCUUUAUCAAGAGCAGAUUUUAGAGAAACUCAGAAAGUCGGCAGAGCACUGUGAUUGUUUGCAGUGUUUUUUUGUAAUACAUUCCAUGGGAGGAGGAACAGGAUCUGGACUUGGCACAUUUCUUUUAAAGGUGCUUGAGGAUGAAUUCCCAGAAGUAUACAGAUUUGUGACUUCAAUUUAUCCUUCUGGUGAGGAUGAUGUCAUAACUUCACCUUACAAUAGCAUCUUGGCAAUGAAGGAACUCAAUGAGCAUGCAGACUGUGUGUUGCCCGUUGACAACCAAUCUUUAUUUGACAUCAUUAGCAAAAUUGACCUCAUGGUGAAUUCCGGAAAGUUGGGUACAACUGUAAAGCCAAAGAGUCUGGUUACCUCAAGUGCUGGGGCUUUUAAAAAGCGGCAGGAAAAGCCCUUCGAUGCCAUGAACAACAUCGUGGCAAAUUUGCUGCUCAACCUAACGAGUUCUGCAAGGUUUGAAGGAUCCCUUAAUAUGGACCUUAAUGAAAUCAGCAUGAAUUUAGUUCCUUUUCCUCAGCUGCAUUAUCUUGUGUCAAGCCUAACACCUCUGUAUACACUGGCAGAUGUUAACAUUCCUCCUCGAAGGUUGGAUCAAAUGUUUUCAGAUGCCUUUAGUAAAGAUCAUCAGCUAAUUCAGGCCGACCCCAAACAUAGUCUGUACCUCGCCUGUGCCCUCAUGGUUAGAGGAAAUGUCCAGAUUUCAGAUCUUCGCAGAAAUAUUGAAAGAUUAAAACCUUCUCUACAGUUUGUCUCCUGGAAUCAAGAAGGCUGGAAGACCAGCCUGUGUUCAGUGCCUCCCGUGGGCCACUACCAUUCAUUACUAGCGUUAGCAAAUAACACAUGUGUGAAGCCCACCUUCAUGGACCUGAGAGAGAGAUUCACGAGGCUCUACAAGAAAAAGGCUCAUCUUCAUCACUAUCUGCAAAUCGAAGGGAUGGAGGAAAGCUGUUUCUCAGAAGCCCUGUCAUCUUUAUCAGCACUCAUACAGGAGUACAGCCAGCUGGACGCCACGAAAAGCAUGCCCGUGGAAGAUCUGCCUAGACUAAGCGUAGCCGUGUAAAA